ACAAUAGCUAACUACGACAGAUCGCAACUCUCACGGGAAGUCAACGUCCCGUGAGAGUUGCUAACGUUAGCUGCGAACACUGAACUUAAGUACGACAGAUUCAACUCACACGGGACGGUAACGUCACGUGGACAUGUCAGUUAAGCUAACGUUAGCUAGAUAGCUUCGACUGGUGUCAAGAGUAGUAACAUGCUAAGCUACAUUUUUCUGUUGCAUCGGAGGGACUUCUGUUCAAUCCGACUUGUGUUAUUAAGAAACGAUGAUGUCAUAUUCACAACUGGCCUGCUGCUUGGUGCCACCGACUGUAAGCGUUAGGUUAGCUAGCAGGCUAGCUAUGGUGUCAUGACAACCACUGUUUUAUGCUAAUAGUGCUAGCAGUCACGAGGUUUGUUUUGGCUAAGCCACGCCCAGUCAGGAGGGGCUGCCUCUACGAUGGCUAUGGUGAAGAGCGGUUGGCUCCAUCGACAAAGCACCAUCCUGCGCCGCUGGAAGAGGAACUGGUUCGACCUGUGGGCCGAUGGCCGCCUCGUCUUCUUCAACGACCAGCAGCGCUGCGACAUGGAGGACGAGCUCCACAUGAGGGUCGACUGCAUCAACAUCCGCGGCUCGGCUGCGUGUGCAGAACUGAACGCACCGGAGGCGAAGACGCGCGACGCCUUGUUCCAGAUCGUGUGCAGAGACGGGCGGGUGGUCAGCCUGUGUGCGGAGAGUGCCGACGACGCGCUCGCGUGGACGAUGGCGCUGCAGGAUGCCAGAAUCAACACGGUGGUUGCCACGCCUCAGGUCGGCUUUGCACAGGAAGUGAGGCCCUCCGCUCCGCCCCCCUACUCAGAUUACGCCCCCCCGCCUCAGCAGGUCUUCGCUACGGCCCCGUACGGAGACUUCAUGGCGGCCCCCCCGCCGCACGCCGCCCAGAUCGUGUACUCGCCUGACGGGCAGCCGUACGCCGUGGCCUACCCCUACCAGUACCCAGGGGUGUACGGCGGCCCUGGGGCGAACGCCGGCGCCAUGCGGGAGCGGCAGUGGCAGGACGGGGGGGACGUGGCCCUGGGGAUGCUCGCCGGAGCCGCCACCGGUCUGGCCAUCGGAUCCCUCUUCGCCGUCUUCUAGUGACGCGCCCCCCCCCCCCCCCUCUCCCCCCCCCUCUAUGAAGUGUUCUAUAUGCACACGCUAAGUACUGUUAGCACUUUCUCAUGUAACAGAUGUCUGAAUACGAAUGUUAUUUAACCCAAAAUACAACUUACUCUUUUUUUAAGGCGCCCGUCAUCUACCGGCAGAAAUGGAAUAUAAUACACAUAUAAUAAAUAAUACAAAGUAGGAUUAUCGGGUCUUUGCUGCAUCCGUUCAUAUUCACAUCGUCAUGUUUCUGCGCUGGAUGUCAAACCAGAACCUCAGAGAUUCACGGCUCUUCCUAAUCUUUGUAGAAGUAUCUAUAAAUUGAUUUCUAUAUAUAGAUCUAUAUAUCUAUGGAUAGAGAUGUGACAUUGAUCAGCUGAUGAUCGGUGCCUCUCUGCUUUAUUGUACAUUUCAGGCUCUGAUUCAGAUUCUUUUGUUUAUAUAUUUGCAGAAUUAACAUCAAAUUCAUCAGUGUUUUAUGUGAUUUUGUGCUCACCUUCGUGUACUUUACCUUUACUUUGUUCCACAUGUUGCUCCGGUUGUUCAAACACGCCACGUUGCCGUGGUUACUGUUUGAGGUGAUGUCCGAUGACAUCAUCACGCCACAAACGUCGCUCAUAACGGUUUCAUGUUUUCUUUGGCAGCUGUUGUUAUUCUUUCUAUUCUUUUUAUCAUGUUGAUCCAUCUCUGGAUGUUUUAGUUACUUUUCCUCCUAAGACUUGAAUAUUGUAACGUUUAUUUAUAGGUUUAUUCUUCAUUAACACUUAACUUAUUAAGAUCAGCAUUAUUUCAUCAAAGCAAAUUAUCAGCUUGUGCAAGAAUUUUAUAUAUUAUCCUCACUGUUCUAAUUAAACUCUGCAUUUAGAAUAUGAAAAUAUAUGAUAGUUAACAGAUGUAUUUUCAACUAUUAAAUGUGUUCACAAAGUUCAAAGAGA